AGAAAAUAAUUAAAAUUAGAAUAACCAAUUAAUCUUAAUCACGUCAAGUUCCAGAGAUCGGGUAACUUUUCAUGGAGAAUUUUCCUCUAAAUAGAAGAAACAUUGAAAUUGAAUAUUCGAUUUCAACAGGUUGAUAAUAAUCGAUAAAACUGAGAAUUGGUUAACAAUAACAAGAGAAAAAUGUAAACAAACAAAAAAGAAAGAGAAAAAGAAAGAGUUAACCCUUUAUUCGUUCAUCUAACUCCAUCUAGUGAGUAGAAUUAUCCCAAAGUGAUCGAUUUCGAAUAGAAUUUUAUUUAUCCCUUUCUUUUUCUCUUUCUUUUUGGUCUAUUAUUUUCUUUUUAUCGAAUAUUUUGAUUUCUUUUUUUCUUCUUUCUCUGUGUCAGUUGUUCCUCUUAUUUUGUUUCUUCUCUCAGUUGAUCAAAAUUUUCAUUUCUUUAUUUCUUUUUGUUUGUUGUGUUUUUAUUAUCAUUUUUUAGUUGAUCAUCAUUAGUGUAAAGAAUCAGUUCCAUUAGAGAUUUGAUUUGAUUAGUUAAUUUUAUUCGAUUCUCACUAAAUUUCUUAUAAUCCAAAAUUCUUCUUGUUUAUUUGUUUACCUUAUUGUUUUUUUUUAGAAAAUCUUUCACUUCGUUUCAUUGUUUUGUUCCUCAUCGGUGUUUCUUUUAUUGCCCUGGUUCUGAUUUCCAUCAUUCCUAUUCACUGAUUCUUUGAUUUUCUGUUAAUCUUCAUUGUCUUCCAGAGGAUUUUCUCUUUUUGUUUACAAUCAUCUCUAUCUUCAUGUUACCUGGUUAUUGUUUUUAUUUUGAUUUUCUCUUGGCGGUGAGACCUCAUUUCUGGCUUGAUUUUCUUCUGAUUAUUCUUGCCUCUUUUUCUCUCCAUUUAUUGUUGUGUUUAUGUAUCUGUGUUUCCAUGAUGAUAAUUCCAUUCCCAUUGAGCUGAUUUUGGUUGAUUGUUGUUUAAGAAUAAAAUUAAAUGGAGGAUCGGGCAAGUUUAGUUGAUAGAUCAAAACGAUCUUCACUUGCUUCAAGUCGAGCUCAAGAUCCUGAUUUAAUUUCCUUGCAAUUGAACAAUCAUGCUAAAGGUAAUCGUAAAGAGCAGCUACUUCACGAUGCUGCUGUUAGAAAUGAUCUGGAACUGGCGAAUAGGUUAAUUACUGCCAAAAUCGAUGUCGAUAGUAAAACUCAAAUGGACCGAACCCCAUGCCAUUGGGCCGCAAUGCAUGGUCAUAUUGAUAUUUUAGAUCUUCUUAUUAAAGCCAAAUGUGAUAUCGAAGCUGUUGAUAAGUUUGGAAUGAGUCCAAUGUUAGUUUCUUCAUGGUAUGGACAACUUGAAUCGAUGAAAUUACUGGCCGAGAAUGGAGCUUCAUUUAAUCUAUCCAAUAAGAAAGGGCAAACGGUUUUACAUUGUGCUGUUUAUAAUGACCAAUUAGAAGUCGUUCAAUAUUUACUCGGAUUUAUGGAUCAAAUAAACAUCAAUGCUGUAGACAAGAAUGGUCAAAAUGUCCUUCAUUAUGCCGUAAUCAAUGAUAAUCUUGAAAUCGUCCAUCUCUUAAUUGUUGCUGGAAUUGAUAUAAACGCUAAAGAUAAAGAUAAUCGUAGUUGCAUGCAUUGGGCAGCGACUUCUGGACAUCAUAAAGUAAUUGACCGUUUACUUGUCGAGAUGAAGUUACGUGAUGAAAGAGCCCAAGAUGGACUGACCAACCUUCAUUUAGCUGUUGAAAGUGGUCAUCAGGAAACAAUUGAAACAUUACUCAAACAUAACUGUGAUACAUUUGCAAUUGAUGCUAGAGGACGAACUGCAUUACAUUUGGCCAGUGGUUUAGGUAAUUGUCAAUCAAUUAGAUUAUUACUUGAUUAUGGAGCAUCACUUAAUAGUCGAGAUCGUAAAGGUAACACAUCACUUCACCUUGCGGUUGCAGGUAAUCAUCCUGAAGCUGUUUCCUUGCUCGUUUCAAAAGGAGCUUUCAUCAAUGCAAUCAACAAUAGACAUCAAACUGGUCUUCAUUUAUCCGCCGAAUUGGGUUUCACUGAGAUCGCCGAGAUACUAAUUGAAAACGGAGCUGAUUUUACACUAGUUGAAAAGUCCGGACGAACAGCUCUUUAUAUUGCUGCUCGUGGUUCUUUUAUUGCAAUAGUUGAUAUGCUAAUUAAGGCUGAAAGACUUCGUGGUUCACGUUAUGGUGGCUGUGGUUCUGCCGCCGGUGGUUCAUCAAUAGGUGGUUGUAGUUCAUCUCGUAAAUCAUCAAUUGAACGUAACACUUCAAUUGAAUCAAAUGAAACCCAAUCAACAUACACACGCGAUGCUCCCAACAGUGAAUUAUCUGAAUCUUAUUUGAAACAAAUUAAGGACAUUUUAUGGUCAUUGUCACGGAAUCAUUUGGAAAUUCAGGAUUGGAAACGAUUGGCACGAAUUUGGGAUUUUACUGAUGAACAUAUUAAAGCAAUUGAACAUCAAUAUACCGGAAAAACGAGUUACAAGGAACAUUGUUAUCGAAUGAUGUUGAUUUGGUUACAUGGACUUCCACCCACCAAGAACCCAAUUAAAGAGCUUAUAGAUGGUUUAAUUGCAAUUGGAAAGAAAGAUGUUGCAGAAAAAUUAAAGAAAAAGGUUGACGAAGGUCGAGUUCUGUCCCAACGACGUCGUCGAUGCAAUUGCCUUCCAUCGGAUGCCAAUGGAUAUUGUGGCUACUGUACAUUAAUGUGAUUCCAAUUUUACAAUUAACUUUGAUCAUUGUUCUCGUUUUUUCUUCUUCUUCCUUGAUUACUGAUUGUUAAUCUUCGUGUAUGUGUGUUUGUUUUCCAAAUGAUCAUCAGUUAGAAGGCUGAUUAAUCAAUGGAUUUGUGGAUUGUCAACUGAUCAAUGAUUAACUUUUUCGUUUUGUUUUGUUAUGAAAUUUUGGUGAAAAUUAACUUGAUAUUCACACUAAUUAAUUGCUCUCUAAUCAUCUCAUCAGAUAGCUCAUAUUUACAUGACAAUUAAUCUGAUAAACAAUGAUAAUCAUUCAAAUCGCUCGGGAACUUAAAAUAUUAACAAUUAACGUGAUGAUUGUGAACAAUUAACUUUUUUUCAUUCAUAUUUAAAGAGAAAAAGUUUGUGUUCUCUGUUUCUUUUUGAAUACAAUUAACUAAUUGUCACAAUAUACAAACCAAACUAUUUUUACAAAACAAUUGAUUCCAUGAUCAUGAUAAUAAUUAAUCGCAAUUAUUUGAUGAUUACAAUUGUCAAGUAUUGAUCGUAUACCUGGAUGAGGUAAAGGGAGAGAGAGAGAGAGACAAAUUUAAUUAUAAGAUUUUUUUUGUAUCAUAAUCAUAUUGGAACAAUUAAUUGGUAUAAGAAAUGUUUUACUUUCUCUGUUAAUUUCAAUCAUAUUGAAUGACCAAUAAAAAAUAAUUGAACAAAAUUAUAUCAAAAACAAUUAA